GACGCACAGGAAAAGCAGAAUAAAGCGCGCGGCAGGCGGGGGCCGGCAGCCAGCCGCCCGGCGGAGCUCAGCCUGCGCGCCUCGCCACCCGCGGAGCCUGCCUGGGGGCGCCCCUCGGACAGUAUGUCUCAGUGGAGUCAAGUCCAGCAGUUGGAAAUAAAGUUUUUGGAGCAGGUAGACCAGUUCUAUGAUGAUAACUUUCCCAUGGAAGUCCGACAUCUACUAGCACAGUGGAUAGAAAGCCAAGAUUGGGAGGUCGCUUCCAACAAUGAACCAAUGGCAACAAUCCUCUUACAGAACUUGUUAAUACAAUUGGAUGAACAGUUAGACCGUGUUUCUCAAGAAAAGAACCUCCUGUUGAUACACAACCUGAAAAGAAUCAGGAAACUUCUUCAGGGAAAAUAUCAUGGUAAUCCUAUGCACAUAGCAGUUAUUAUUUCAAACUGCUUAAGAGAAGAGAGAAGGAUAUUGGCUGCAGCCAGCAUGCCUGUACAGGGACCAUUGGAAAAACAAUUGCAGAAUUCCAUAGUUUCAGAAAGACAAAGAAGUGUGGAGCACAAAGUGUCAGCCAUUAAGAACAGUGCCCAGAUGACAGAACAAGAUGUCAAAUACUUAGAAGAUUUGCAAGAGGAGUUUGACUUCAGGUAUAAAACAAUACAGAGCCUAGAGCAGGGUGACAAAAACAGCGUCCUGAUGAAACAGGAAAUGAUGAUGUUGCAGGAAAUGCUCAAUACCUUAGACUACAAAAGAAAGGAAGUCCUUAGUAAAAUGGCACAAGUAAUAAAUGAAAGUGAUGUCUUGAUGAACAACAUGCUAUUUGAAGAGCUUCUAGAUUGGAAGAGGCGCCAGCAAAUUGCCUGCAUUGGAGGUCCUCUACAUAGUGGGCUUGAUCAGCUCCAGAACUGUUUUACACUGCUGGCAGAGAGCCUUUUUCAAGUAAGAAGGCAACUGGAAAAAUUGGAUGAGCUGUUGACUAAACUGACUUAUGACGGGGAUCCUAUUCUACUGCAAAGGCCUCACCUGUUGGAAAGAGUCAACUUCUUGCUCUACAGUCUUUUCCGAAGUUCAUUUGUGAUUGAAAGGCAGCCCUGCAUGCCUACCCAUCCCCAGAGGCCAAUGGUACUUAAAACCUUAAUACAGUUCACUGUUAAACUAAGGCUGCUAAUUAAAUUACCAGAGCUGAACUACCAGAUCAGAGUGAAAGCAACUAUUGACAAGAAUGUGUCAACUGUAAGUAAUCGCAGAUUUGUUCUAUGUGGCACUCAUGUCAAAGCUAUGAAUAUGGAUGAAUCUGCAAAUGGAAGUCUGUCUGUAGAAUUUAGACAUUUGCAACCCAAAGAAAUGAAAUCAAGUGCUGGAAGCAAAGGAAAUGAGGGCCCUCAGAUGGUAACUGAAGAGCUGCACUCCAUCAGCUUUGAAACACAGGUCUCCCUGUAUGGUCUGACUAUAGAUUUGGAGACAAGCUCUUUGCCUGUAGUGAUGAUUUCCAAUGUCAGUCAGUUACCUAAUGCUUGGGCUUCUAUUAUUUGGUACAACUUGUUGUCAAAGGAUUCUCAGAACCUGGCUUUCUUUAACAAUCCUCCCACUGCCACUCUGAGUCAACUCUUAGAAGUACUGAGCUGGCAGUUUUCAUCUUAUGUUGGUCGUGGACUCAAUUCUGAGCAGCUCAAUAUGCUGGCAGAGAAACUUAUGGGGCAACAAAUUAGUUACAAUGAUUAUCAACUGUCCUGGGCAAAGUUCUGCAAGGAACAUUUAUCUGGAAAGUCAUUUACCUUUUGGGUAUGGCUCGAAGCAAUAUUGGACCUAAUUAAAAAACACAUUCUUCCUCUUUGGAUUGACGGGUAUAUAAUGGGAUUUGUGAGCAAGGAGAAGGAACGAAUUUUGCUUAGGGACAAAAUGCCUGGAACAUUUUUAUUAAGGUUUAGUGAAAGCAAUCUGGGAGGAAUUACCUUUACCUGGGUGGACCAGUCAGAAAAUGGAGAAGUAAGGUUCCACUCAGUGGAACCCUAUAAUAAAGGUCGUUUAACUGCGCUGCCAUUUGCUGACAUUUUGCGAGAUUACAAAGUUAUUUUGGCAGACAAUGUUCCUGAAAAUCCACUGAAAUAUCUGUAUCCAGAUAUUCCCAAAGAUAAAGCCUUUGGCAAAUACUACAGCUGUCAGCCAAAUGAAGUCUCAAGACCUACAGAAGGAGGGGUCAAAGGUUAUGUGCCCGCUGUAUUUAUCCCAAUCUCCAAAAUAUCCACAUUCUCCAUCAGAUCUUCUUCCCAUGUCUCCAAGUGUUUAUGCUGUGCUGAGAGAACACCUGAGUCCCACAGUGAUUGAAACUGCUGUAUGUUGCAAGUUUUUUCAUUCAUAAUUUACUACUAAGCAAAUGGGGUCUACUUUGUGGAGAGAAAGAGUUACCAGUGGAGAGAGAGGCUUCUUUUGCAGUGCAAAAGGGUGAGAGUACAGUUGUAACCAUUAAAAAGUCAGCACUUGCCUUCAGUUCCCAUGCAGUGCUAUGAGAGAUAACCCAGUUCUUUCCUAUUCUAAAUGCAGUAGAAUUCUUCAGGAUGGUAGGAAAUGUCUUUUUCAUGGUGACCAUUGUACUAUGAACUUUAUAUCUUAGAACUUCGCAAUGCAAGGAUCUCAAAAUUCCAUGCAAGGAUCUCAAAAUUCUGUACACACAUUAAUUAAGCUUCAACACCCAGAAUUGUAUGUAAGUAUUUAUACUGAUUUUACAGAUAACACAUAGGACUUGACUCACCCAUUGCCAUGCAUUUUAUGUAGUUGCCAUUUCUGAUGUGGUAGCAUUUUACAAACACUUUGCAGUAAUGAAAAUGACUACUCCAGCUGCAUGGUGUAGAUGGGUCUGUCUCAGAGAUGUUAAAGGUGAACUGAAAUGUCUUAAUUAAACAAAUACAAAACAUUCAUUAAAAGUUCAUGGAGAGACUUGAAAGUUACAUUACAAAUGUAUUUAUUUAUUUUAAAAUCAUUUUCUAUUUUACUUGCCUGCUAAGAACGGCAUUCAGAGCUCUCUACAGAACACGAGGCAGCUCAGCCUCACAAGUUGCACCCAAAGCAGGACAGGUUCUUGCAUUUCUUACCCGGGUUUAAAUAUCUGGGGACCGAACCUGGGCUGGUGUGAUUUGAAGCUCUCCUGUCACCAUCAGCAUAGAACAUCGUCACUAAAGCGCUACAGCAGCGCAGCUGCAGCUACGGCGCUGUACGUGAAGACAAGCACUCAGUAUGUGGCAAGAGGGAACUCUUAGUGUACAGUAGCAGAAUCCAUGUGGAGAGUUAGUGCACAGCAAGUUAGUGUGCUGUCUGUCCACUUCUCAGCUUCCUACAUACAACGUCUCCAUAUAAACAAGCCCCUAAAUUCCCCAGCGUGUGAGUGGGUGUGUGCGUGGAGCAUCUCCCUCUGUAUAGUUCUAGGGUCUGAACCUAAACUACCAGACAGUGUCUCUUUAAGAGGCUAGCGUACAGAACCAUUACAUAAGUCAGGGCUUAGUUUGCACUGUGAUUGUUUGUUUGUCACUGGAAAUAAUUUGAGCAAACUGAGGGCUUGUUUUGUUUUGUUUUUAAAUAUGCAGCAAUAAUUGCCUUAAAGCUGAUGUUUUCAUUCCUCUCUUCUAGCUGAGUUCUCCAUAUUCAGCUGACUGAAAUUCAGACACCAUGAAGAACAACAAAGUAGCCAAAAUACUUUAUAAAAUGAAAGUUGUAAAAAAGAAGUUGUUUCUGCAGCUUUGUAAAUAAGGGUUUCCUGGAAGCCAAUGCAAUGUUCUUCUUGAGCCUAUGUGUACUUUCAAAUGCAGGGAAAUCAGAAGCCUCCCAAGGGAAGUCACUGGAGUUACAAACAUCUGGCAUCAUUUGGGGCCUGUCACUGAAGUCCUCACUCAAGGCAAUAUUAUCUCUUAACUCAAUGGGCCAAAUCCUUCCCUGGUGUGCAACUCCAUUGACUUCAGUGGUGUUACACUAGGUAUGAAUUUAGCCCAGUGGGAUUGCUUAUGGAAAUAAGGACUGCAGUAUUGCUGUAAAACAAGACUUACUGUAGGAUGGAGAUGUUCUGUUCAUGGAACAUUUUGAAAGCAAGACCUUAGAAUAACUACAGGGAUUUAAGAUGUGUUCAGAAAAUCAGGAUUUAUGCUGUACAUUUCGUGUUCUGUUUUUAUAAUGUCUAUUUCUUUGCUUUUAUGUUAAAUUAAAGGUUCUCAUCCAUCCCUUCAUUACACUGACCGUAGGUGCCAGGAGUGAGCUUUUCCUGCCGUGAACUGCUUUCAGUACAAAGGGACAGAUUUUAUGUUCCUCCAGUAAAAUCCACGGAAGGGAAGAGGGAGGAGAAGGGAAUAAUGGAAAUAGAAGAGUUCUCUAGAAAUUUAGAGCAAGGGUGGGUCGUAAAUUAGUUUUUGCUAUGGUAUAAAUUUCUCGGUCAAGGUCCAGACUGCAGAGAAAAUAAUAAAAAUAAUAAGUAAACAAAAAGUAUCUGGCAGUCUGGAUUUGGCCCAUGGGCCACCUAUUGGUUACCCCUGCUUUAGAGGCACUACACUUCAAAGGUCACUAAAUUUCUGUGCCUCCAUUCCGCAUCUGUAACGGGUUAAUAAAAUCUCCGUCUUGCAGGACAGUUGUGAGGCACUAUAAUGAGUACUUCAGAAAAGCCCAUAAAGAAACGGUCCUUAUUCAAUGCAGUGUUUAGAUGGUGUGCCAUAAUCGAGGCCUUAGGGACACACUGAAUGAUAAAACUGAUACCAAAGAGCUGCUUCAUUUCAUCAAACAUGCGCCUAGUCAUAGUGCAAAGUUAUAAAGAGCUAAAUUGCCUCAGAUACAGAUGUAAAUAAGCAGAAUAACUGGUUCUUAACAUAAAAGGUCAUUUGCCUUUUUAAAGCAGCCAUGUUACUGUUAGUCAUGACAGUCUGUCUUUUCUCAGAAUUACCCAUGGCAAAUUAACUGUUUUAGAAUAACUUAAACACUGACAAUUUACAAAAGAUACGUAUCCAAGUUUCUGCCCGCAAAGUAUGCAGUCUGGCGCAUACUUAAUUGUGCAAGCAAAAUAUGCAUUUGUACAAUCAAAUGGUGAGGUACAACAUCGGUCUGGUCUAUACUAGAAAUUAGAUCAGUUUAACUAUGUCAGUCAGGAGUAUGAAAAAUCCACAACCCGAGUGGCGUGGUUAAGCCAAACUAAGUCCUCAUGUAGACAGCACUAUGUCAAUGGAAGAAUUCUUCUGUUAACCUAACUACUGCCUCUCAAGAAGGUGGAUUACCUAUGUCCAUAGGAGAACCCCUUUCAUGACUGUAGAUAGUGUCUACAGUGAAGCGCUACAACUGCACAGCUAUGCCACUGGAGUAUUUUAAGUGUAGGCAAGCCCUUAAGCACCUGAGAUGAAAUCCUGGCCCCACUGAAGACAAUGAGGUUUGCUAUUGACUUCAGUGGGGCCAGGAUUUCAUGCCUACUCCCCCCGACCCCCGCCAAAAAAGAGUGACCCUCAACAUUUACCAUACCGUUUUGUUUGUUAGGCACCUCCAAAGGUAUCUUACUAAGGACUUUUGUGGGCCAUCCGUGGAGGCUCUCACAUUUAAAUCGAUAAUGUAUCUGGGACCUGAAAGUAAAACAAUACCAAUGUAUUACCUUUGCUGGGCCUGUUUUAGCUCUUAGCCUAGUGGCUUGGCUGAUAGCUGAUAGUACUAUAACAUUAAAUUGAAAAGUUCUAGAACAAUCUUAGGAUUCUUGCUCCUCUGGUCACGAGAAGUAAGGGUCAGUGCACACAGCCACUAUGAGCACCUCCAAGUAGCAGCAUAGGGAAAAAUCCACUGUGGCAGGGAUAUAAGAUCAGAGUAGAUGGUUAGAAGCAGAAUAAGCAGUAGGGAGUCCAGAUCUUCCCCACUGGUGGUGUCCUCAGUUGUAAACUGUUGGGAAAGCAAAGGGAGGGAGAGCCCCAAUGAUCUGAUUCAACUGGCAUUUCCUUGCUGUGGAAAUGGAGUAUGUUUAAAAUAAAUGAAUAAAUUUUUUUCGCUGUCUAGCUGAAUGAUUUGUACCUAGUCAGGAGGAUGUAGUCAAACUUUGAAAAACCAAUGACCGUAAGUAAUUCUCCAGAAACAUAAUGGCACAGAGCUGAUAUUAAAUCGUGUAUAUAGUUUGAUAAUCUCUGUAAUUUAUAUGACUAAUAGAAAUAAAAAUAGAUUUUGUUUUGCUGUUG